AUGUCGGCUAAAAGGCCGCAUUUACUUGUUUCCGACGACGAGUUGUCGUCACCUGAAGAAAUGGAAGUCCUGCCUGAAGACGAGCAGGUGAAAACUGCGGAAGGUAUCCGCGAAGAGGUGAUCCAUUACAUGACAUCGCAUAAGAGAUGCAGAAUAGAUACAGAAGAACACGUUACCUACGUGUGCACCCAGAUCGACAGAAUUAUCGAGAUGUUAAAGGAAAGAACUAGAGAUCCAUUGCAAGUGGCAGUGCAGAAACUACAAAAGAAAAUUGACACUAUACUUGAGCUGAAAACUCCAACUACGCCAACAUACGCACAGAUAGCGACAAGAAAGGUACAGAAACCCAAAAAAGAAGUAAUACUUGUUGAUCCGGAGUCUGAAGAAGACGACGCAGAACGAACCAAGCAAAAACUAAAGAAAAAGAUUAACCCCAAAAAGAUGGGUAUCGGAAUACAGUCAGUACGGAAACUCAGGAGAGGUGGCGUUGCCAUUGAGGUAGCAACGACAGAGGAGAGAGAGAAACUAAGGAAGGCAAUAGAAACUAAAGCAGGUCUGAAAACAAAGGUACCAUCAAGAAGAAAACCAAGGGUUGUAUUGUAUGGUGUUGCAACCGACAUAACCAAGGAUGAGAUAACAGAAUGUCUCUAUGAACAAAAUGAAAUAAUCAAAACAAAUAUGACAGCUGAAGAGUUUAGUAACAACACAGAAGUCAAGUUUCAAUUUGGGAACAAAAAUAAAAACACAACGAAUUGGGUACUAGAAACUACCCCAACAAUAAGGAAAUUAAUGAUCCAAAUUAAAAAGACCAACCUGGGAUGGACCAGGUGCGGGGUCGAUGAUUAUAUAGCGGUCACACAAUGCUACCAAUGUUGUAAAAUUGGUCACAUAGCUAAAGAUUGUACGGAGAAAGGGCCGACUUGUAGCCAAUGCGGCCUUGAUCACAAGUUUAAAGACUGUACUAGGAGAGACAAGACAGAGUGCGUCAAUUGUAAAAGAGAAAAGCUGAAAGUAUUGAACCAUAACGCUUGCUCUAAACAGUGCCCGCUGAUUCAGAGAAUCAGGAAAAUAUUAAUAGAUAAAACUGAUUAUGGCGAAUAA